GUUUCACUUCUUAUAUCGAAUCUAUGGAUUUUAAGAUAAGUUGAUCAAGCGACGAUAAUUUAUUGUUUGGAGGAAAAAUCGCAAGCCUAUAUUAGUAAUUAUUGUAUUGUUUUUGAUUUAAUAAAGUAGAAGGCACCAUGGCGACUGUAUCUUUUCAAAUAGCUCAUUUACUUGAGAAAAUGACAUCAAGUGACAAAGAUUUUCGGUUUAUGGCAACUAAUGAUCUAAUGUCGGAAUUGCAAAAGGACAACAUAAAAUUAGAUGAUGAUUCGGAACGUAAAGUAGUUAAAAUGUUGCUUCGGUUGUUGGAAGACAAAAAUGGUGAAGUUCAAAAUUUGGCCGUGAAAUGCUUGGGUCCACUUGUGAACAAAGUUAAAGAGUACCAAGUGGAAAUGGUAGUGGAUGCUUUGUGUAACAACAUGGUCUCAGAUAAGGAACAGUUACGCGAUAUUUCUAGUAUUGGACUGAAGACUGUAAUCAGUGAAUUGCCCUUGGCUUCCAGCUCACUUGCCGCCAACGUUUGCAAGCGUAUUACCGGCCGGCUGAGCAGUGCAAUAGAGAAACAGGAUGUCUCGGUACAGUUAGAAGCUCUGGAUAUACUGGCAGAUUUACUGUCUCGUUUUGGUAACCUGCUCAUAUCAUUUCACAGCAGCAUCCAGGCGGCGCUUUUACCCCAGUUAUCAUCUCCCAGGGAAGCCGUCAGGAAAAGGUCUAUUGUAGCCUUGAGUCAUUUGGUGACAUCCUGUAACCAUACACUGUAUGCAAAAAUUAUGGACUUUCUGCUGGAAGGUUUGAGCCAGAGCACCACUACAUCAACAACACGCACAUACAUCCAGUGCAUAGCAGCAGUUUGUCGCCAGGCUGGGCAUCGAUUCGGUGAACACAUUGAGCGAGUGAUGCCUCUCAUAGAGCAAUACAGCCGCAAGGAGGAUGAUGAGUUACGGGAACACUGUCUGCAAGCAUUUGAAGCAUUUGUGCAACGCUGCCCAAAAGAGAUUACACCUCACAUAAAUUCUAUCACCGAGCUUUGUUUGUUAUAUAUUACUUACGAUCCCAAUUACAAUUACGAUGAAGGGGAGGAAUGUGACGAUGGAAUGAUGGAGACAGAAGAGGAUGAAGAUGAUGAUGACAAUGAAGAAUAUUCAGAUGAUGACGAUAUGAGUUGGAAAGUUCGCCGUUCUGCUGCCAAGUGUUUGGAAGCUGUUAUCACAACUCGCCAUGAGAUGUUGGCAGAUUUCUAUAGAGUUUUAUCACCAGCAUUGAUCGCAAGAUUUAAGGAACGUGAAGAAAAUGUCAAGUCCGACAUAUUUCACGCUUACAUAGCUCUGCUAAAACAGACACGUCAAACUGUUGUUACGAACCAUGACCCAGAGAGCAUGGAACAGCAGGAAAGUCCUUUCUGUAUGCUAAAUGCCCAAGUCCCAGCAAUUGUUGAAGCAGUGCAUCAGCAGAUGAAGGAAAAAAGUAUCAAAACUCGUCAAGAUUGUUUCGCACUUUUGCGAGAGUUAGUGAUUGUUUUGCCUGGUGCUUUGACCAAUCAUAUUCCAACUCUCAUACCAAGUAUAUUAUAUUCCAUGGGGGAUAAGAAUUCCAGCAGCAACAUGAAAAUUGAUACGUUGACAUUUGUUCAGUGUUUAUUGAACACCCAUCCAUCCGAAAUAUUUCGCCCUCUGAUGCCAGUGUUGGUGCCAGGGGUCAUAGCUGCAGUGGGUGACAGCUUCUACAAGAUAACAGCAGAGGCACUGGUGGUUUUACAGCAACUAGUCAAGGUGAUCAGGCCCUUGGAUGAACCUUUCAACAUGGAGUUUGCUCCCAUCACUAUCGAGCUGUACAACUGCACGCUGCUACGUCUUAAAACUGCAGACAUAGAUCAAGAAGUGAAGGAAAGAGCAAUCUCUUGUAUGGGACAAAUUAUUUGUCACAUGGGCGAUUUCCUGAAGGAAGAACUACCAAUAUGCUUGCCAAUAUUUUUGGACCGCCUUCGAAACGAAAUCACCCGCCUCACUACUAUCAAAGCACUUACUAAAGUUGCUGGUUCUCCUCUAAAUAUUGAUUUGAGACCAAUUUUGGCAGAAGCUGUUCCAGUCCUAGGCUCAUUUUUGAGGAAGAGUCAGCGUUCAUUGAAACUGAGUACGCUCAUCCUUUUAGACACACUCAUAAAAAAUUACAGUAGUGCUGUCAAUUCAGAACUGCUUAACAAAGUGAUUGUCGAGCUGACUCCUUUGAUAAGCGAGGCAGAUCUACACAUUGCCCAGCUCACUUUGACGUUGCUGACAUCCAUCGCGCACGUGUACCCAGCUGCCCUUGCUCUGAUUUCAGACACAAUAUUAUCAGAGAUCAUCGUCUUGGCAAAGUCGCCACUUCUACAAGGUGCGGCUCUUAACUCGAUGCUGGAGUUCUUUCAAGCUCUUGCCAAAGCUGGUCUGCCAGGAAUGGGCUACAGGGACCUCCUAAACAUGCUGGUGGCACCCAUUGCCUCGAACGCUUCCGGUGGCAACGACAGGAGUGGGGGCAUAUCCCUGCUGCACAAGCAAGCAUUCCACUCACUGGCAAAGUGUGUUGCAGCAUUAACGGUCGCUUGGCAGCACGAGGCAUUCAACGUCGUUCAGCAGUUUCUCUGCGAUAUCCAGACCCCCAUGUCGGAUGCACAGCAUGUGUUUGCCCUGCUCGUGAUCGGGGAGAUAGGGCGGCACGUCGAUCUCAGCAGCAUCGGCAAUCUGAAGCAGGUGAUCCUGCAUUCUUUCUCAUCGCAGUCCGAGGAGGUGAAGUCGGCAGCAUCCUACACCCUGGGGAGUGUCGCGGUCGGUAACCUCCCGCAGUACGUGCCCUUCGUGCUGCAGGAGAUAGAGACGCAGCCACGACGUCAGUACCUACUGCUGCACUCGCUCAAGGAGAUCAUCUCGUAUCAGUCCGCCACUCCCGAAGGCAUCCAAGCACUGCACCCCUUCGUCCCGGCCAUCUGGCAGCAGCUGUUCCGCCACUGCGAGUGCGGGGAGGAGGGCAUGCGCAACGUGGUGGCGGAGUGCCUCGGACGACUGACGCUCAUCGACCCGGCCAGCUUGUUGCCGCGCCUGCAGGAGUCCCUGGGGUCCCCCUCGCCCCUCAUGCGCACCACGGUCGUGACGGCCGUCAAGUUCACCAUCUCGGACCAGCCCAAGCCCAUCGACCCCCUGCUGCGGCAGAGCAUCGGGCGGUUCCUGCGGGCGCUGGAGGACCCCGACAUCAACGUGCGCCGCGUGGCGCUGGUGGCCUUCAACUCGGCGGCCCACAACAAGCCGUCGCUGAUCCGCGACCUGCUGGACUCAUUGCUGCCGCAGCUCUACGCGGAGACGAAGGUGCGCAAAGAGCUGAUCCGCGAGGUGGAGAUGGGCCCCUUCAAGCACACGGUGGACGACGGCCUGGACAUCCGCAAGGCGGCCUUCGAGUGCAUGUACACGCUGCUGGACUCGUGCCUGGACCGCAUCGACAUCUUCGAGUUCCUGAACCACGUGGAGAGCGGGCUGAAGGACCACUACGACAUCAAGCUGCUGACGUACCUGAUGGUGGCGCGGCUGGCGCAGCUGUGCCCCACGGCGGUGCUGCAGCGGCUGGAGCGCCUGGUGGAGCCCCUGCGCAACACGUGCACCACCAAGGUCAAGGCCAACUCGGUGAAGCAGGAGUAUGAGAAGCAGGACGAGCUGAAGCGCUCGGCCUUGCGGGCCGUCAGCGCGCUCGCCAACAUCCCGGAGGCCGACAAGAACCCUCACCUCGGAGAGUUCCUCUCCCAGAUCAAGUCGUCCUCCGACCUGAACGUCAUGUACGAGUCGGUGCAGCGCGACACCUCCGCCUCUAGUCAGGACCCCUUCUUCAUGGACUUGAGUUAGGCCCCUCCCGCCAGCCUCUCGUCUGGCGUGCCGUUUAAAUUAUUUGGAGAGAUUUAGUCCGAACAUUGUUUGCUGUCAGUUUGCUGGGCUGUAUGUGUUAACGGUAGGAAAGCAAAGCCAAUAAAUUGCUGCGUGUGCAGAGUAGCUGCGUGGCUCAGCAGAGCUUUCGAAAUUUUAUUUUGAUUUCUGUCAAGUCCUGUAUGUCUGGUUGGUAGUACUUUUAUUACCUGUAACUGGUUUCAGGUUUUCUUGUCACAUUCUCAUAAAUGCAAAACUCUUUUUGUGUUGAUUUUCAAAAAAGAUCUCUUCAUGAUAAAGUGAAGGUACUAAAUGGGGAAUUAAUUUGAUUUCACAUGUGUUACAGACAAUAAUCAAUGUAUUUUUAAUUACUAUAGCAUUAAAUUCACACAGUCAGUUUUCAAAAGAUGGGAUGUAAUAUGAGCACUUUCACAACAUUAAAAUUGAGUGUGAAAAAUGAUGACAUAUUUAAUUAUAUUUGAAUACAAAGCUUAAUGGAGCUUUAAAUGCCCCUUAAACUAGUUCACAAAUAGUCAUAAUUUCGUAACUCUAAAUCACACUUGUGUGUGUGUGUGUGUGUGUGUGUAUUUUUACUUAGUUAAAAAUUGACUGAUGUAUGUACCUACCCCAUAUUGUCUGUAGGGAUGUUUUAUCAACCAGAAUUAAUUAUUGUGACAUGAGUACGUGUUCCCCCCCCCCCCCCCUCCUUUUUUUAAACUUAAAACUGUAAAUGAAGGAGUAACAUUUUUUUUUUUUUUUUAAUAUUCAUAAGCUUUUUGUACCUAAUUUAAAGCUAAUUACGUUUUUAUUCACUGUUUAUGUUUCUAACAGUGUCUAGUGUGUGCUUGGUUUCUGCCGAGAAGAAGUCAUGAAUCUGAACUGGGAAACUUGCGUUCUUCUGUCCGGACUGGCAGCCACCUGGUUUGACGGUCGGUGCGAAGAGUGUUGCUGCAUAUAAUUGAGAAAUUUGCUGUAAGAUUGUUAAAUUGAAAUUAAUAAAUUGUUUUAUAUUUCAA